AUUAUUGUUAUCUAUAUCUAUACACUGCUGCAAUGGAGGGAGCCUUGCUUCCCCUCUCUUCAACUUCUUCUUCCAAACUCAACCACCGUUUUUCUCUUCCAUCUACGCUGCUACUAAAAUCUCAACGUUACUCUCAUUUCCCCAAAUUCUUUUCUAAAUCCAAAUUUGACACUUCUUCUUCAUUAUCUAUUCGAUGCUCUACCCGCAAUUCAACUUUAUCACUUGACAGAGACAAUGCUUUUGUUUCAGAAAACGAUAAGUUUUCCACUGAUUUGCCUAAAGUCGAUAAAAGCGGCCGGUUUUGUAGUCCUAGAGCAGCCAGAGAACUUGCUCUAUCUAUAAUUUAUGCAUCUUGCUUGGAAGGUUUGGAUCCGGUUCGGCUAUUUGAGAAACGGAUGAAUGCUCGCCGAGAGACUGGUUAUGAAUUUGACAAGGAGAAAUUGUUGGAGUAUAAUCACAUGAGUUUCGGAGGGCCUACUGUUGAGGUUGAAACGGAUGAAGAAGCAAAUGAACUUCUUCGGGACAUUCAACUCGAGUCUGCAAUUGAAGAAGAAGUUCUCGCAGCUCCCCCAAAGUUGGUAUAUAGCAGACUGAUUUUGAGGUUCACUAGGAAACUAUUGGUUGCUGUCAAGGAUCGAUGGGACAUUCAUGUCCCUAUUAUUAACAAAGUUAUCCCACCAAAUUGGAAGAAUGAACCAGCUGGGAAGAUUUUAGAGCUUUCUAUUCUUCACUUGGCAAUGUCCGAAAUAGCCAUGCUAGACACUAGACAUCAAAUCGUCAUCAAUGAGGCGGUGGAUCUCGCUAAACGGUUCUGUGACGGAGCAGCUCCUCGUAUCAUUAAUGGUUGUCUACGUACAUUUUACCAAGAUCUGGAGGCAUCAAAUAAUAGGGUUUAGUUGAUCUCCUUAUACAUUAUUUGUAUGUUUAUUUUUGCUUUGGAUUUGAGGAAUAUCACCAAUGGUGGUCUUAGAGAUAUGUUGAACCAUUACUAGAUAGGUUGGUGCAACCGGCGAUUUUCCACAAGUUAACAGAAGUAGUGAAUGAGAGCAUUGUUUUCAAAAUUCAAGCUCUAAUCAACUAUAAAUCAAUUGCAUAUCA